AUGUCUGAAGAUCUUUCGGCGCACCCCCAGGCUUUGGCAACAGUUCUCCAAACUGCCAUCCACCGGUUCUUAAACGCCACUGAUCUGGUAUCGACUUCUGCACGAGUCCAUUCCUCCGCAGCUACCCUCCUCCACUUUGUCCACGAAACAACAACUGCAGCCGUGGCCACACAUGGACCACCCCUCGCAUCCUCGCUUUCGCGUGCAGCCUCGCUCGCAUGGCUCUGGCCAUUACUCCCAUUCCCACCAGUGUUUGCAACUUACGCCAUAAUCGUGGCACUCGCUACCUCCCUUGUCGUAGUUGCAUCCCGUGCAGCUGCCCGUAGACCACUCUCGGCAGGCGAUCCAGACCCCACAGAUAAACUGUACUACCAUGUUUCGGACUCAGCAAAAGGUGCACGCGCCACGGAUGCGUUCGACGAUGCACUGAAAGAGCUUGUGACCAAGCGCCGGGCCAGAUUGACUGACGACACCACGGAGCACCAGUUUGAGAUGGCGGCCACUCGGCGAAUUGUUAAGGAGCUUCGUGCGCUGCGUCAUGAACGUGUAUCUGCAUCGGAGGCCUCACUGAUGCCUGUUUUUGGUGCAGUUGCGUUACUGGGACUUUACUUUGCGUACAAGUACUUUUCCGCAGCUUCGAUCCAGAAACUAAUGUCUGGAUACUUUGCACUUAUGGCCUUUUUCUCUGUGGUUGCGUCAGCUUCCCUGGCCGUUCAAUGGGCCGCGCGCAGUGUCAUUAAGUCAGAAACAGAUGUCCCCCACUGGCGACUUACCCUUGCGCGUGAUCCGGAUGCGCACGCGCCUGGAAUUGAGCCUGGGUUUGAUAUGUUGCUCCAGGAUCUGGUAGCUGAAGAACAAAAGGCUGGGAAAUUGACGCGUGAUGAUCGUGAUCUAUUGAACAGCGUGCGCAUUUGUGAUCCGGUUAAUCCCAAGUCUCAGUUCUUUAGUAUUUAUUGCUCUUUAGGUGACUUGCUUGGUGUCCCUAUGGCUGCAGGUCUUUUGGCAAUCCAUUACUACUGGCCUUCAUGGGUUUCCGGUAACAUUCUGGCAGCUGCCGUUGCCGUUCAGGGUAUUGUAACUGUUCGUUUGGAUUCCGUGCGCACGGGACUCAUCAUGCUAGCUGGACUUUUUGCCUAUGAUAUUUACUUUGUCUUUGGUACCGAUGUCAUGGUCACGGUGGCCACUCAGCUGCAAGUACCAAUUAAGUUGGAAGUCCCUCGUCCCGACGAUUCCGGAUCUGCAGCUGCUUCGCUUAUGCGCACGGCCACAGCGAUGCUUGGACUUGGAGAUAUCGUUGUUCCGGCUCUAUUUUUAUCAAUGCUGCUCCGGUUCGACAUGUACUCGUUCUAUGCCCAACACGAGAAAGAAUCAGGUGAAAAGCUGGCAUAUGCUGCCCGCCGCCCGGUUCCUGCUCCUUACUUCUCAACAGGCGUGGUGGCAUAUGUGAUUGGACUUGUAGUCACAAUUGGAUUCAUGCAUGUUUACAAGGCCGGCCAACCAGCGUUGUUGUACUUGUGUCCUGCCAUUGCAGCAGCAGCUCUGGGUACAGCGGCUGUGCGUGGAGAACUCGGGUUGUUGUUUGCAUACCGGGACCAUGCUGAGGAAGAUGUCGACGAGACGAAGGAUAAGAAUAAGAAAAAGAAGAAGGAUCUGGAAGGACCCGAGUAUGAGGCGUAUCUUGCGGAGCACUAUGAGCUUGACAACGAAGGGUUGCUGAUCAAGAAGGACAAGCAGGUAUCUGUUGAAUUGAAGGAAUCUAAGGAAUAA